UCGUUUCAACACGAACCACGCAAUGGUUUCAAACUGGUAAAAGAAUAAACUAAAACUAAUAAUAUUUAAAAACGUCGAAAGCCUUUCUCAUCCACAGCACGUUAAUGCCGUGCUAGUCGUGGGCUAGCGGCUGCUGCAAACAAACAACGGACAGUAGCUUUUAGGCUAAUUUAGCUUCGCGGAGCAAUUUGAAAACGCGAUUCAACAAUGGAUCACCUCGAAACACCUUACGACCAGGACGUGGAAUUUAUUGAAUGCAAGAUCUGUGAGAAAUCCAUCCGGGGUGAAGCCCUGUACAAGAUACACUUGACCACACCAGGACACUUAAAGAAAGAGGAUGCCUUACUUGCUCAGGGAGCUCUGUCGGGACGUCCACACAUCCCCAAAUUCAGGAAUAUUUCUCAGUAUCUGGACUACCUGGAACUGGACGAGCCUAUCAUUGGUUUGUCCCAUCUGAAGGAAAUCCUCUCCGAUGGCUCACAGUCGGGGCCAAAAUACUUCUGCAAUCUGUGCUCGAUGGCUGCAUUCCUACCGGAUAUGGUCCAUCAUUUGAUCGGACGCAAACACCGGCAGAAAUACGUGGAAGGGUUUCGGCCUGACCUGGUGACCUGGGACACCCAGUCCAUUGUGACGCAAGGAGGAAAAAUCAUACGAGCCAAGGCAGAAAUAAUAGAGAGACAGGAUGGACGAGGAACUCCAGUGUCACUGCCGAAAACGGGGAAUCAGGGCAACUUCAACAACCCAAGAGCUCCCCAAAGGAAAAUGCAGAAUAGGAACCGAAUGAUUGAACAGCAAGGACAAGUGGCAUCAUUUGUGACAGAACUAAAGACCUACCGGAACCAGUAUUCCAAUCAGAAGAAUUACCCUACAGAACCGCAGAAUAGACCUGAAAUCCAGCCUGAGGACCCAAACAUGCAAAGAGGCAGGUGGCACCAGUGGGAGGACGCAGCCAGUUACAGCCCCGUCGAGGCUGAACCUCAGAGAAAUCAGAUGUACCGAGACAACUUCACCGGUCCCGAUCACCUCGCUCAACGUGAAUUUGGUCAAGAUCCACUGGGGCGAGCUACAUUUGAGCCGGGUGACCGGGCGCGCAUGCAUGACUUCAGGGAGAAUACGCCCCGUGGACAGGCUCAGCUUGGAGAGUAUUCCCCAGAGAAAGGAACUCCUUAUGCAACAUCCUACCCAGAAAGAGGGGAUGAGUUUUAUUCUGAGGAACGCAGCGGGGAGCGGAUUCUUUCUCUGAACUAUAAUCCUGCAGGGGAACAGCAGUAUAGGUCCAGAGAGCCUGGCAGAAAUGAUAUGUACGGAGCAGGUAGGCAGGAGUUUAGUGAGCCGGAGGCCAAGAGGAGCACCUUCUCCCCUGCUGUGAAUAACGAACAGGCAGCUCAUUCUUUCAGUCUGGUCAGAGAUUAUCACCACAAAUCAAGACCAGCCCACAAAGAAGAGACAACACUCGACUACACUCUCCCUGACCGAGCAGGAGCUUCAGCUGAACAAUUAGACGUCGCCCAGGCCCUUUCUGACAUCCCUGAGCCGUUCAGGCGUUUCCUGAGCGGUGGCACUGCUGAGAGCCAGGGCAAAAGGAAACGGAAAAGCCGCUUCUCUGAUGCCACUCCAGAGGAGCUGGAGGAGACGAAAGCAAUGUUUGAUACUAAUGACGGACCAGCCCGUCCACAGUUUGGUGGUGAAGCCGGUGCACCGCCAAGACGUGAAACCAGCAGGAUGCAGUAUUCAGACUCGUUUGAUGCUAAUGAUGAACAACGCCGUCCACAGUUUGGUGGUGAAGCCAGUGCACCGCCAAGACGUGAAACCAGCAGGAUGCAGUAUUCGGACUCGUACAAAGAAUCUGAGGGUCUGCAGUAUCCUGAAAGCAACCAAACAGGAGGCUCAAACUCAGACGACUUCUUCGAUGUGCUGAAAAAUAUUGAAAUAGAUAAUGAAGAACAGGCCAACUUCCUGAAGAGCAAACUUUGCGGCCUUCUGAGGGAAUUCAAGUCGAAAAAAAAGGAACAAGAAACACAGAACAGCCAAAACCGACCAGGCAGCUUCAGGAAUUACGAAGAGUCAAAGCUGGAGCCUCAGCUGCCUCGACACAGUCUGUAUGAGAGAACCCCGAUACAGGAUACAGACCGUCGUGAAGCGGCGCCACGUGACAGACUGGAGCACAGACCCGGACAGCAGCCCCAAGGAUACUCUUAUCCUCCACAGGCAGAACCCAGACUCUCAGCCAGAGAGCGUUAUGAAGCAAUGUUUGAGACGAAGCAUGGCCACCAGUUAGAUGAGCCUCCCUAUUAUCCUGAAAGGUUUCAAGAACCUCUGCGCUCCCAUGACUACCAGCCUGCUGUCACACAGUUUUACGACUCCUUGCCCCCUAUGGAACGAGGAUCCGGGAUGAACAGGGGGCCCCGGCACUCCAGCAGCCUGGACAAAAUUGCCUCCACACUUCUGGAACUUGUGGCAAAAAAGUCCUGAAUUUUCCUAUGAUGUGUAAGAAAAUAAAUAAACUGUUAAAAUGUUGCGUAUGUGCUUUUUUUUUUUUUUUUUUUUGUGACUAAAUUACAUAAAUUGACUUUCUUUUGUGAAAUGUACAAUUCUUAUGUAUUUGUAAGCAUUAAAAUGUUUCUCCACUGU